AACUAGUUGAGCAACUCUAUUUGCUUUCUCAAACAUUAGAGAGGCCCUGCCCUAACAGACACACACACACUUUAACAAGCCUCCAUGUACAGUUAUGCAUGCACACACACACACGGACGGAGAAGACGCACAGUAUUCGUUUCCAGCUGCAGAAGACAGAAGAGAGCAGAUAAAGUAGCUUCAGAGAGGAGCGAUGUCGGCUGGCAGACAGAUGAGCAGGUAGACAGGUGUGUCUGAUACCUCGAUCAUCAUGUCCAUCAGUGUGCAUCUGAGGAGGAUCUCCAACCUGCCAGGACGGUCUGACAGAAAGGUCGAGCUCAGCUUCAGAGGUUUCACUCACAAAACCAGAGUCCUGCAGUGUGAGAACUUGGCUAUCUUCAAUGAGCAUUUCCGUUGGCCUCAUUAUGGUAAAGAGAUCAGAGAUGAGAUUUUGUCCAUCAGUGUUUACAACUGCAGUAAAAUCUUUUCCAACAGAUUGCUCGGUAAACUUGUUGUCAGUCUACAGCAUGUUGUUACCACAGGAAAGCUGUUGCUGCGGGAACCCCUCACUGAUGCCCACUACAGCCUGACUGAUAUUUAUGUAGAGUUGGAUAUUCGAUAUCAUCCAGUCGAGGGAACAGCAGGAAGUUGGGAGGGACUUGACUUCCUGAAAAUCGAAGAAAAAGAUGAAUCAGCUCUGGUCAUCAGGAAUGAGGGAUUUAAUGACCCUGAAAGUCAGCAGACUGUGGAUCUCCCAGGUCAGCUGGAGAGAGAGGCUCGGCGUCUGGGGCGGAGCCUGGUCUACAGUGGAGAUGAAAAUGAAGACAGCGAUUAUGAUGAUUAUGAUGAUGACCUAAUGGACCUGGAGGCUUCCAACAUAAUCGUUACUCCUUUGCUGAGUCGUUGCAGGCCGAUGUCCUUAGGUGUUGCUGUGGCAGCACCCAGAGUCCAGAGCUUCCAGGUGAAUGUGAACAUCCUGGAGGCUCAAAAGCUGGUUGGAGUGAACAUCAACCCUGCAGUGUUUGUUAGUGUGGGAAAUCAGAAAAAACACACAAUGACACAGAAAUCCACAAACUGCCCCUACUACAAUGAGAACUUCCAGUUUGAGUUCCAGGAGGACCCACAGAUCGUCCUUGAUAAAGUCAUAGAGAUAAAGGUGUUCCACAGGCGGACUCUGGCCUUCCUAAUGACUCACAUUGGAUCCUUUAAGAUUGACAUCUCCACCGUGUACAAACAGCCAGAGCAUCGUUUCUACCAGAAAUGGGCUCCUCUCACAGACCCGACAGACACCAGGUCGGGGGUCAAGGGUUACGUCAAGGCCAGUCUCAGUGUGUUGAUGAAGGGAGAUUCUAUGGACAUGCCCAGUCUGCCACCAAUCUCCUCAUCUGGGAGCAGUGAGGAUAUAGAAAAGAACCUGUUGCUGCCACGUGGUAUGGCUUCUGAGCGACCGUGGUCUCGGUUCCGUGUCCGGAUCUAUAGGGCAGAGGACCUGCCCACCAUGGAUGCUGGGCUAAUGGCCAAGAUGUCAAAGGUCACAGACCGGACAGUCUUCAUUGAUCCCUUCGUACAGGUCACCUUUGCUGGGCAACAGGGGGAGACAUCAGUUGUGAGUGCUAACAGCUGUCCAGUUUGGAACGAGGAGAUCUCCUUCAUCGAGCAGUUUCCACCUCUAGCUCAGCGAAUCAGAGUCCAGAUUCUUGAUGAUGCCAAGAUGGGAGACAUUGCUCUGGCAACUCACUUCCUGGACCUUCAACAGAUUUCUGAUCCCACCAGGAAUGGGUUUAACCCCACCUUUGGUCCAAACUGGGUUAACCUGUAUGGUUCCCCUCAGAACUCCACCCUUGGAGACGUCCACCAGGCUUUGAAUGAGGGCCUGGGUGAGGGAAUCUUCUACCGUGGUCGAAUCCUCCUUGCUCUCUCUGUUGAGGUUUACUCCUCCCCCUCUGCCGUCACCACAGAUACAGCCUCAGUUGCCAUGGGAAAGGUGAAAGGAGCAUUGGGGAAGUUGGGACUGAGGAAGAAGAGAAGCAGCAAGAAGAAAGAAAAGAAAGAGGUAUCUCGGGCUACCAGCAGAUUGGUUGAAGAGUCAGGAGAGGCAGGAGUCGAGGUACCAGAGGCUGUUACGGUGGAGGUUGAGGAGACCCACCCACUACCUGAGGGUUUCCUGGGAGAGAGGGAGGAGUUUCUGUUGUUCGCAUCUCUGUUUGAAGUCACGAUGAUGGACCCGUCUAUAGGAACCAGACCGGUGACCUUUGAACUCUCCAUAGGGAAUUAUGGGAAGGCAGUUGAGAUUGGGAGAUCCAAGAAGAGCCAGAGCAGGGAUGAACUGAAGCGGAGCAGAGAGGAGCUGCGGAGGAGCAGGGAAGAUCUAAAUGAGGAGGUGCAGGGUCUGCUGGAGUCAGAGGAGGAGCUGGACAGAGAGGAGGUGCUGAAUCUCGAACCUGAGAACAGAUCUGUGUCUGAUGCCAUGAGACCCCAGCCCACCGAGUAUGAUAGGUCAUUUCAGUGUAUUCCUCUCCAGCCACCCUCUGUGAAACAGAAGCCAUGUCUGUAUAUCUGGAGUCAGUUUGAAGAUCACAGCUUUCGUCUCUAUCAAGCUAACUGGCUCAACAAGAUGGCUGAUCGGCUGGAGCUUGGUCUUGAUGAGGUGGAACGCCUCUUGAGGAGGCCAAGAAGUAAUGCAAAGGAGCGUUUGGUGGAGGUACUGCUGGAGCUGGUGGCCUCCUGCAAACAAUUUAGCGUUUUCUCAGACAGGAGGUCUCAGUCUCGUCCCAACAACUUGGACAGAUGCAGGAGGGAGUUUAUCAAGAAAAAUUUGGUCUUGCUGGCCAGACAAGCAGUGCGAGCCAGGCGGAGGACCACCAGGCGUACCGCCAAACAGCGUUUGAUGGACAGCAAAAAACUCCUGAAAACACUUCGCCAACUGGCUAAAGAGCCCCAGACUACCAUCCCAGAUGUGUUUAUAUGGUUACUAAGUGGAAGCAAGCGAUUGGCUUAUGUCAGGAUUCCCGCCUACUCGAUCUUCUUCUCACUGGUGGAGGAGCAGAAGGGGCGGGACAGUGGCAGAGUCACCACCCUCUACAUGAAGUCUCCGGGAGGUUCAACGAGUGAGAUAUUUGCGAAGCUGGAGGUCUACCUGUGGCUUGGUCUGGCCAAGUACAGUAAAGAGGCCAUCACCUCCUUGCCGGAUGAGUUUCUGCCAGUUUAUGAAGAGGAGGAGGAAGAUCAGAGAAGGCUGGUCUCUUCAGGGAAGAUGAAGCUUCCCCUCAGUCUGUCCUGCCAGGACAGCAGGUACUUCCAGCUACGAUGUCAUCUGUACCAGGGACGUGGUCUGAUGGCUGCUGAAGAUAAUGGCCUGUCAGAUCCCUUCGCCAAGAUCCUCUUCUCUACACAGUGCCAGGUCACCAGGGUGUUGCCUGACACUCUCUCUCCAGCCUGGUGUGAGAGUUUGUUGUUUGACAGAGUUCUAUUGGAGGGAACGACAGAGGACCUCCAACGAGAUCCACCCCUCCUCAUCAUCAACAUCUACAACUACGACAACAUGGGCAGUCCGAAGCCUCUUGGUAGGGCCUUUGCCGAGCCAGAGUUUAAAACUGUGGAGCAGUUGUAUCAGAAGCCCCGCCUCCGUUUCUAUGAUGUCAGCAUGGGGAGGGCCCCUGCUGGCGAGCUGUUGGCUGCCUUUGAGCUUAUUGAGCUGGACUACUCUGGGUUUGGAGAGCCCCGUCUCCCCAGCAGUGUGGACCCUCAGGAGCUGACCUACUCAGAGGAACAGAGAUAUUACAUCAUCCCAGAAGGAGUCCAACCUGUUCUGAGGACCUUUAGGAUUGAGGUGCUGUUGUGGGGUCUGCGGGAGCUAAAGCGGGUGGAGUUGUUUGAGGUGUCUCGCCCCCUGGUGAAGAUGGAGUGUGCAGGAAAACAGCUCGAGUCUGAAGAGAUUGAGAACUUCAAGCCUCAUCCCAAUUUCAAAGACAUGGUCCGCUAUAUUGACGUGGAGCUGCCGGAGCAGGCCUAUCUCCACCCUCCUCUGACAAUAUUUGUGGUGGAGCAACGAGCAUUCGGUCGGCUUGCGCUGGUUGGUUCCCAUGUGGUCCAGAGUCUCAUGGACUAUGCCCCACCUGAACUCGGCGGAGAGCCUGAGGAGGAGGAAGAAGAGCCAAAACCAAAGGCAAAGGAGAAUAUCAACCCUCUGAUGUCAGUGAAGAGUAUGGAACUCAGCGGCCUGCCAAUUAAACAGUCAAAGAUUCCCAUCAAUCCCAUCAAGUUGGUUAAUGCUCCUCUGAAGAAGCUUAUAAAGAAGGGGGAGGAGCUAGAGGAAGAGCUACCUGAGAAGGAGGAACUGGAUUGGUGGUCCAAAUACUACGCUUCACUGGAGGAGCUGGAGAGACGAGCUGUUGAGGAGCGGGAGAGGGAAGAUCAAGCAGAGACAGAUGGAGGGAAUCUGACGAUGGCUAACAUUGAUGAUGAGGAGGAGGAAGACGUGGUUGUGGAAAUUGAGCCUCCCAAACGCAAGACUAUUGCCACUCUAAAGCUGUACGGUGGCGACCUGGAGUCAGAGUUCAGUCAGUUUCAGGACUGGCUGCAGAUCUUCCCACUGUAUAAAGGCAGAGCAAUCGGUGAGGAUUAUGAGGAGCAUGAAGAAGACAGGCUGAUGGGAAAAUACAAGGGUUCCUUCUUGGUUUAUCCAAUCGAUUCAGGAGAUGAAGAAGACACAAAGUGUCAGAUCACCAACGGAAUCCCCACAAAUUCAGCGAUCAAGGUCUUGGUCCGAGUCUACAUUGUUAAGGCCACCAAUCUAGCACCCACAGACCAGAAUGGUAAAGCUGACCCAUAUCUGGUGAUCCGAGUUGGACAGCAGAGUCUGGACACCAAAGAUCGAUACAUCCCUAAGCAGCUCAACCCCACAUUUGGAGAGGUGUUUGAAUUCACAGUGUCUUUCCCACUGGAUACAGAGUUGGUUAUCAGAGUGCUGGACCAUGAUCUUGUUGGGUCUGAUGAUGUCAUUGGUGAGACGCGGGUUGACCUGGAGAAUCGGUUCUACAGCCGCCACAGAGCCUGUUGCGGUCUUGCUCUUUAUUAUGACACUAAUGGUUAUAAUGCAUGGCGUGAUGCGAAAAAGCCCACAGCCAUCUUGGCUGAGCUCUGCAGGAAAAAUGGCAUCCUGUCUCCAGAAUAUCGAACAUCCGAGGUCAAAGUCCUGAACAAAAUUUUCAAGAUCUCACCUGAUGCAGUACCUGAAGUCCUGUUAAAGAAGAACCAGCGGUCUCCAGCAGAGGAGGCAGAGAUAGAGGAGCAUGCAGCCCUGAGCGUGCUGCAGCGGUGGGAUGAGAUGAGUGAAUUCCUCCCUGGAGCCGUUCCUCUGGUGCCAGAGCACGUGGAGAUAAGGUCAUUAUUCAAUCAGGACAAUCCUGGACUGCCACAGGGUCACCUUCAUAUGUGGGUGGACAUGUUUCCCACUGAUGUGCCGGCUCCUCCUCCUGUUGACAUCAAGCCACGCCUACCUGAACAGUAUGAGCUGCGUGUGAUCAUCUGGAACACUGAUGAUGUAUUUCUGGAUGAUGUGAACCCGUUUACCGGUGACCCAUCCACUGACAUCUAUGUUAAAGGCUGGAUAAAGGGCCUUGAAGGAGACAAACAGGAGACUGAUGUUCACUUCAACUCUCUGACUGGAGAGGGAAACUUCAACUGGAGAUUUGUGUUUCGUUUUGACUACCUUCCUACUGAGAAAGAGGUGGUGUAUAAGAAGAAAGAGUCCAUUUUCUCAUUGGAAGAGUCUGAGUUUCGACAGCCAGCUGUUCUGACAAUGCAAGUCUGGGACUACGACCGCAUCUCUGCCAACGAUUUCCUGGGCUCCAUAGAGUUAAAUCUCAGUGACAUGGUGCGAGCAGCAAAGUCAUCCAGUAAGUGUACGAUUGAAAUGGCGAAGGAUCGGGCUGGCCCUCGAUUCUCUAUCUUCCGUGCCAAGAAGAUGAAGGGCUGGUGGCCGCUCACUCGCUUGAAGACAGCUGAGGACUUUGAGAAGGAGGAAAAGGAGCGGGAGGAGGCCAAGAGGAAGGGAAAGAAGAAGAAGAAGAAAACAAAGGACAAGAGGAGCAAUAUGAGACAGGAGGACAUCCAGUACACGGACAGCAGUGGCAGUACUUACCUGCUCAUGGGGAAGGUGGAGGCAGAGCUUCAACUGGUGACAUUAGAGCAGGCAGAGGCCAACCCUGUGGGGCGGGCCCGCAAAGAGCCGGAACCUCUGGACAAACCGAACCGUCCCACCACCAGCUUCAACUGGUUCGUCAACCCGAUGAAGACCUUCGUCUUCCUCAUCUGGAAGAAGUUCAAGAAGUACAUCAUUGCUCUGGCCAUCCUCAUCAUCCUCACACUCUUCCUUGCUCUCAUUGUCUACACACUGCCACAGCAAAUCUCUGCUCUCAUGAUCAAUGGAUGAAGAAACCUACAGGGACAUCCGUCAUCCUGGAUGUCACUGAUAGUCGGGUUUCUGAUCCAGAACCGAUCCGGUUUACAACUGGCUGAAGUUAUAGUUAGCCUGAUUUCCGUGAAACUCAUGAUUUAAUAUUUUUAUACUCACCGUGCUAGAUUACCCAGCACCCUCAUUUAUAUGAACACAGCCUAAAUCAUGGGAGCAAUAAUCAGGGAUCUGUUUUACUUUUGGAUCCAUCUGUCACCAAAGAAAAUUACUGUACAUGUAUUACUGCAGAUUUAAGUCAAAUAUUUAUGUUGUGUAUAUUAAAGAUAGUUUGACUCAGAAACUGUCCUGCAGCAUUGGACAGAUUUGUUUUGGACGUACAGCACAAAUCUGACCAGAUAAAUCAGCACCUUUCCUACACAUAAACAUAACCCUAUUGUAUACAAGUGUAAUUUUGUUGAUUAAAUACAAUUGUGCUCACAAAUAUUUAUUUUAAAAGUAAACAAGUAUGCAAAUAAAUAAACAAGUACAUUCUUAUCUUUAUUUCAUUUUGCACUGACUCAGACCUGAAGAUGAUCUGUUCAACAUUCAGUGUUAGCUGCUAUUUCUGAGUAAAUAAAUUUCACAGCAAUUUUAAACAGCGAUUUUAUGAGACUGUCAAUAAGA